UCUUCUGGGAACAUCCUGGAACCCUCCCAAGGUCCUUUGGGUAUCCCUGGACCUCAGUCAGUGGGAACCACUUGACACCCUUUGCGUACUCUGCAUCCACAGCUCCUGUGUUGAACUUUAAGCCUAACCUGUUUUAAUUUAAUACAUUCUAGGUCUGGGCCGUUAUAUAAGCUGUGGUCAGAGAGGAGAAGGACUUGUGUCAACACAACUGUCAGCGCUAAUCUUCACUGCAGGCUAUAGUGUCUGAUAUCAACAGGCCCUCGAGACACGUCCCGUUCACACCGCGCGGUAACCACGGGAGAGUGAUGGUGCUCCCGAGCAGUCCUAGGAGCGGAAUUACAAUUGCUCAGCUGCCAUUCAAACACACAGAGGCUCCACGGAGAGGAGGAGACGGAGAGGACGCCUCCGUGCAUCCAUCCAUUCAUCAAUCCGCUCAGUAGUCGCUCUCCGCCGCCUGGACCUCCCGCGAGCCCCUACCAGCCUGAGCGGAGGCGCGAGACAACACCACGAGCUUCGGCGGCGGCGGCGGCCGUGAACAACGGUCGCACGCGCAUACCGGUGAGAGGGGGGCAGCUGGGAAGGACGCUCAGCGUGGAGAGAAAAGAGAGCCCGUCUGUCAGUGUUAUUCCCCGGUGUGGAUGUGGAGAGACAGAGGGAGGGAGAGGACCACCGCUAAACUCUGCUUUACAGCCCCAGACUGAACGCAUUUUACCGAGGGUCCCCCCUGGUUGCUGAUCUGAAGCUCUGGUCCUCAUCUCGUGCUGGAGUAGACAGCCACCCCCCCUCAGUGAAGAGCACCAUGACCCAGGAGGGGCAGGCUCUGCCCUCUCCCACCCCACCAGAGAGCCCAGUGGAGCCCAAUACAGCAACCACCACCAGCACCACCGCCGACCCACCCACAGAGACACACAGCCAGGCAGAGCAGGACAAGCAGGGGGCUGGGGCGAAGGACAAGAGAGAGGAGGGGAAACAACAAGAGGAGAUCAGAGAGGGAGAGGAGGAGGCACGGGGGGAGACACACGGGGAAGGAAAAGGGAAGGAAGAAGUAAAAGAUGAGGGAGGAGAGGGCGAGUUGAAAGAGGAGAGGGUACAGACAGAUGGAGGGGCGGAGGGAGAGAGGGAAGGGACAGUAGGGGAAGCAUGUAUAAAUGUGGAGGUAACGGAGGAGGAGGAGGCAUCACAUGAGGUGGAGGGGAUGAAAGAAGAAGAGGAGGGGAAGGAAGAUGAAGAGAUGCAACUGUCUACAGCGGAGGAGGAGGCAACUCACCCUCAACAAGCUGGGCGACUGGCAAAUGGCAUAGGUGGGAAUGAAGAUGAUGAUGAAGCAGGCGAAGAGGACGAAGGCGGAGAUGAGGGCGAGACUCACACACACUUGGACACUUUCAGCUCUAACUUUGAGACUACUGUAGAACAGGCCGACACAGAGGUGGAGGAGGAGGAGGAGGAGGAGGAAGAGGUCCAGAAAGAGGGAGAUGGGAGAGAAAACCAGGACAGUUUCAGCUCGGUGUUUGAGCAGAUUGUUGAGCAGGUGGAUGUUCAGGAGGAGGAAGAGGAUGAGGAGGAGGAGAGGGAGUUGGAGGAGGAGAGGGACAAGGGUAGGGUGGACAACAAAGACGGCUUCAGCUCCACCUUCGAACGCAUCGUAGAGUCUGCCCUGCUGAGGGGUGGGACCUGCUACAGCAGCCUGGACUCUCUGGACGUCCUGUCGCUCACAGAUGAGACGGACAGCUGCGUCAGCUUUGAGGCGCCACUGACGCCGCUCAUCCAACAGAGGGCACUGUUACAGGGUCCUGAACCUCUGGAGCUGGAACUGGCAACUGUUCAGGAGCAAGAAGGGGCUGAGGCUGGACCAGACUCCCCAGGUGAUCUCACAACUGGGGAGAGCGCUGUCCGUGGAGCUGCAGCUGUGGGUGGAAGCCCACUGAGGACCACCAUACCAGGGAGCAGGUCAGAGUUUGUGCUGAGCCAGCCCGGACGCUGGGCCAUCCCGAAUGGAUACCACACAGACUCCCAGGGAGCCAUAGAGGGUUGUGGAGCCAUGAUCAACUCUGUCAGUGAUGCCAACCUCACAGACGUGCUGUCUGACUCAGAGGAGUGUGAUUUGGGCAGCCUGGAGCGUUUGGAGCGCGGCAGCACAGACACUCUGGCCAAUGGCUGCCGAGCCGACUGUGAGGCCGCCAAGAGGCUGGCCAAGCGCCUCUAUCACCUCGAGGGCUUCAAGCGCUGUGAUGUGGCCAGACACCUGGGCAAGAAUAACGAGUUCAGCCAGUUGGUGGCAUCGGAGUACCUGAGCUUCUUUGAUUUCUCCGGCCUGUCGCUGGAUCGAGCCCUGAGGAACUUCUUAAAGGCCUUUCCACUGAUGGGAGAGACUCAGGAAAGAGAGAGGGUCCUUGUACAUUUCUCCAGACGCUUCUGCCACUGCAACCCACAAACACUCACCUCUGAAGGUCAGAGCUACGAGGGUGAUGAUGGGGAUGACACUGAUGAUGGAGCCCACACAUUAACCUGCGCCCUUAUGCUGCUCAACACCGAUCUACACGGACAUAACAUUGGGAAGAAGAUGUCCUGCCAACAGUUUAUCAGUAAUCUAGACGGCCUCAACAAUGGCAAAGACUUCCCUAAAGACUUAUUAAAGGUCUUGUACAACUCCAUCAAGAAUGAGAAGCUGGAGUGGGCAGUUGAGGAGGAGGAGCUGAGGAAGAGUCUGUCAGAGCUGGUGGAGGAGCAAUGUGAGGGCGGGAGUAAGCGUGUUGCCAGGGUAACGGACGGCAGUAACCCUUUCAUUGCCAUUCCCAUUCUCUUAAAUGCCGUCACCUACAAACAUGGAGUGUUGACCCGCAAGAGCCACGCUGACAUGGACGGCAAACGCACCCCGAGGGGUCGUCGUGGUUGGAAGAAGUUCUAUGCGGUCCUGAAGGGGAUGAUCUUAUAUCUCCAGAAGGAUGAGUACAAGCCUGACGCUGACAUUUCAGAGGUGGACCUGAAGAACGCAGUGCGGAUCCACCACGCUUUAGCCACUCGUGCCACUGACUACAGCAAGAGAGCCAAUGUACUGAAGCUCAAAACCUCAGACUGGAGAGUCUUUCUGCUGCAUGCGCCUAGUGAGGAGGAGAUGAUGUCUUGGAUCUUUCGGAUAAACCUGGUGGCAGCGCUGUUCUCCGCUCCGGCCUUCCCUGCCGCCAUCGGCUCCAUGAAGAAAUUCUGUCGGCCCAUCCUGCCGUCUUCAUCCACCAGACUCAAACAGGAGGAGCAGCUGCUGAGUCAUGAGAGCAAGCUGAAGCAGAUGAGCCUGGAGCUGGAGGAGCACCGGAAAAACUCGCCCUCAGCCGACCCUAAAAGCCGCGAGUGGGAGGAGUACCGGCUCAAAGAGCACUACCUCACGUACGAGAAGACUCGGUAUGAGACGUACAUCAACCUCCUGCAGGCCAAAAUCCGUGCAGAGACGGACGACCUUGAGAAGAUCGAGGCCAGCGUGAUGGGUGGCCUGAUCAUGGAGGGCGGCCUGGUCGGCCGGGAGUGCCACCUCCGCAAGACGCAGUCCUCUCCAUCCAUUAGUCAGGCUCAAGGCGGGCUGAACGGGAGGGCCACUGGAUGCACUGCCCCAGGACAGAGGAGCUGAGGGGAGGCAGUAGGACCAGUGACCACAGCCCACAAAACAACAUCCCUCCAAGCCAAACCAGCUGAAUCCUCCAACCUCUGACUGGGUUUUUCUGUUAGAAUUUUGUGUUUUGGGCUCCUCCGUUCCUCCUGUUGUACUUACAAUAUGAAGGUCGGUAGCAACAGGAGAAAUGACUGUCACUAUCCUUCCCAGACUUUAUCGACCCUGAUGAUAAGUUUCUUUCCUUGAGCAAUAGAUGAAGAAGAUGAAGACCCAACAAGUGACCCUGCCAAACCUCAGUCCUUUGAACUUUUAUUAUUGCACAUUAAAAUGAUCAUAACUGUGAUCACUAUUUAUAACAACAUCAUCAGUAUUAUUUUGAAAUUACACUCAGAGCAAUGCAGUUGUCUGUAGUGGACAUGUGUUUUUAGUUACGAGCAGAGCUUUGAGUAAUUUAUAAAGUAUCAGUUUAAGGCCAGAAAGAGGACAAAGAGUGAGAGACAGACUGGUUUGCCUUUGUCCUCUCUGUCCUGUCUUCGUCCUGCAGUCCAGGAGUCAGACAGUGAUUCAGAUGGAGAUGGUACUACUGUAGCAUUUUGGCCUUUUAUUUCGUGUUUACACACCCAGCCGCUCACAGGCGUGUGUAUGGACCUACAGUGAUGGUGGACAGUGGUGUGUGAAGAUACAACAUAUCUGUCCCAGAGUUACAAAAAACUCUCAGAGGAACUUCUCAGAAGGAUCAAGUCCCUGCCAUGUAUAGCAUAUUUAUUUAUUUAUUUAAUUCUCCAAACCUUUAUUCACCCCAGGAAGGGUUUACACUGAGCAUGCUCGCUCUUUUUCCGUCUCGACAUUCAUACAGUUAACAUUUGUUAGUGUAAAGGAGCUGCCAAAAGGAACAACUGUGGUUUUAACUGUUCACUAAGCUGCUCCACCAGAGGAACUGGAGGUUGAGUGCCUUACCCAAGGGCACCUUGACACUAGAUGUUGAGGGAUUUAGAGAGUGUUAGUCAGUCACUUGUCAGAGAGAUCACAAGUCUGUGUCUGUGAUUUUUAAGCUGCCGCUACCCCAAAUACUGACGCGUAUUCAAUUAUUCUGUUUGCUUUUCUAACAAAUCAAAUCGGAACUGAAGAGGAGAGCGGUAUGUGACUGAAUGAAAGCACUGUGCCAUGUUCUGUUUUAUCCCACAAACUACUCUUCUUAUAUCACAACAGCGUGCACUGAGCUGAUAUAUGUAACAAUAUAUGGUUGGGUGUGAGGUUUCUUAAGUUAGAUGUGAAGGGCAGAACAGGAAGUAGUGGGUGAGAGGCAUACCGUAUGAGUGGGUCAGCUGGUAUGUGUGUGUGUGUGUGUGUGUGUGUGUGCACAUGCAUGUGUCUGUGUGUGUGUGCAUCGGCAUGCUCUUUUUAAGCGGUUCCAGUUGAGAUGUUGAAGCAGUAGGCAACAGGAAGAAGUAAAUAUAGCAGGGUCAAGUUUUUCUAUGAAGAAUUUAUAAAGCAUGUUUGGUGAGAAUCAAUCCAACGGCCUUCUGCUGAAUAAGACCGCCAUCACAACGAGGCCUGGAUCUCUCAAAAGCAUCUUCAGCACGGAGGCAGACAUCAUCUUUGUGACAAAAUAUGUACCUCAUCUCUUAAAGAGGACCUAUGAUGCUUUUCUUUAUUUUCUGGCAUAUAUGAAAUGUUAUGAUUAAACAUGUUCAUAUCAAACAUGGCCAAGGUUUCAAAUAAUGAGGUAACCACAUGUAAAAGUAACCCCUGUGAGCAAAGAUGUCAGGCCAUGCACCAUUCUUAAUACUCUCUGAAUACUCUGAAUAGUGUUUAUAUUACAGAGCCAUUACUAUUACAUGUAGCUACGUGCUAACGUAAAUUUAAUGUUAAUUUCUCUCCAAUUUCGGAUCAUAUUCUUGGUGGAACAUGUCUGACUGUGAACAUUUUGUUUUAGAAGCUUUUGGUAGUGAUAAAACUGUGGCUUUACUAGAGAUGCACUGAUCCAGCUUUUUCAGUUUCGAUACCUAUCCCGAUGCUGUGGCUUUGAGUGUCAGCUGAUACCCGAUACCGAUCCG